GUGAGUGACGUAAGCAUUGGCUGUGAAUGACGUCUAAAAGUGAAGACAUAUUAUUGAAUGAAUGCUUCACUCAUUCAAUCACUCAAUCAUUUAAUGAACACAUAUUUCCCGUUAAUUGUUAUUUAAUUUAAUUAUAUUUUAUUAAUUUGGUUACCGAUUGGAAGCGAUGGCGAGUCCGCGAACCCGAAGAAUACUCCAAGAGCUGAGACCGAAGGACGAGAACAAUUACUGUUUUGAGUGCAAAGCCUGUAAUCCUCAAUGGGUUAGCGUUUCGUACGGCAUAUGGAUAUGUCUGGACUGCUCGGGAAAACAUCGCGGACUCGGUGUCCAUCUCAGCUUCGUUCGGUCCGUAACUAUGGAUAAGUGGAAAGACAUUGAACUCCAGAAGAUGAAAGCGGGCGGCAAUCGCAGGGCUAAAGACUUCUUGGAAUCGCAGUCCGAUUGGGAUCUAUCGCUGCCAUUGAGUGAGCGCUAUAAUACUCGUGCGGCCGCUCUAUAUAGAGACAAAAUAUCAACGGAAGCGACGGGAAAGAAGUGGUCGGUCGACAGUUCUUCGGCUAAAGACUACACUUCGCGCAUAAUCCCGAAGCACUCCUCUAAUAGUAACUCGAAUUCAACGACCGUUUCGUCGAAAUCAAAGAGUACUGAUUGGGAUGAAAAUGAGUGGACGUCUAAUAGUUAUCAGAGUUCUGAUUUACAAGAAAUCAAUCGUCAAAAGGAGGACUUCUUUUCUCGAAGACAACAGGAGAAUAUGUCGAGACCUGAGGGUUUGGCUCCGAGUCAGGGCGGACGCUAUGCCGGGUUUGGCAAUACACCGAAUCCUCCCCGAAGUCAAUCAGAUUACGGACUUCCCAAUGCUUUCUCUUCGCUUUCAACUGGAUGGUCUGCAAUUGCUUCAAACGCCACUAAAUUGGCCUCAAAGGCAUCCGAAAGUGCCAUAAAGUUUGGGUCAAUUGCUUCAGAAAAAGCCACUGAAGUGUCGGGUUCUGUGAACCAAAAGGUUAAAGACGGGACUUUAGUUAAUGACUUGCAAACACAGGUCUCUGUCUUGGGUUCGAAGUUUGCAGAUAUGGGCAAAAAAGGUUGGGGAGAGAUGUCCUCACUAUUCACGCAAAGAUCCCAAUACACGGAUCCAAACGCCGAGAAUAGUUACGACAAUAGUUAUCAAAACACUGGUUCUUAUCAUUCGGAAGAUUUGUUCAGUUCUUCGUCGUCGUCGUCCAAUUCAACGCCUAAUCACACGGCAAACAGACAGUCGAGGAAUACCAACGAAUCAUCCAAUCUAUUGAAAGAGUCUUCGCCGCAGCGUUCGGCCAAAAGCAGUCCAAAACCCGUACACAAUAUGGAUAAUGGCAUCAGUAAAGAGGAACAACUCUUAGACUUCGGGAACUCCGAAGUGAAGCCCAAGAAGAAGACCACUUCUGGGAAGACAACCGAUUGGAACGAUUGGGAUGACGACGCGUGGACUAAGUUGGAGGUCGAGGCGCCCAAGAAGUCCACCAAAAGGAGCUAAAAUGUAUGAAAGUUAGGCAACAAUUUAUGAUAAAUAAUAAUAAUCACAAAUUUCACCAAAUCAUGAACUUAUGGACAAAAAGUACUAUUAAUUCAUUCCUUUUAUUGAAAAACAAUUUUUAUCCUUUUAUUUACGAAACAAUUAACAGUAAUAUUAAUAUUUGUGUCGAAAAUAAUUAUUUUAUGAAAAAACAAAGUGUUGGC